GCAAUCCAGAACUACCAACAGCAGUUAAUAUAACUUGGUCUUCAAUCAAUUUUAAAACUAUACUACAGUGGCAGCCAAAACCAUCAGGUUAUUUCUAUACAGUCGAAAUACAGAGACAGACUUCUGACACCAAAAAAAAGUGCGUACAGACAGCAGAAACAGAGUGUGAUGUUACUGAUGUGCUCAGGAAUGUAAGAGAGACCUACACAGCACAUAUACUGUCUGUAACAUCCUCGGGGACUGAUAACUUUGAAGAACCACCCUUUGCAGUCUCUGAAAAAUUUACGCCUUACAGUCAGACUAUUAUUGGAAAACCAGAGAUAAAGACCUACGCACAAAAAGGUUCCAAACUCAGUGUUGUGUUCCAAGAUCCACUUACACCGUAUACAUUUCCUAAUGGAAGCUUUCAAAGUAUUCGAGAUAUUUUCCAACAUGACCUGGAAUACAAACUCUAUUACUGGAAAGAUCAAAGUUCUGGAAAGAAAGAUGCAACAACAAAAAGCCAUGAAUUUGAAGUCAGCGUUGACAGCACAAAGAACUAUUGCUUCUACAUUCAGGGAAUCAUUCCCUCCCGCAGAGAAAACCGCAAUGGCCAAGAAAGCACGGUGCUUUGUACCAGUGUAGGAAGAAGUAUCUUAGACGAAUAUGGAGCAGAAGUCUUCAUCAUCAUAGCAGUGAUAGCAAUUGCAGUCAUCACUCUUGCCAUUGCCCUAACAGUGAUCCUCUGUAAGCGCAAGAAAGCAAAAGCUGUAAGAGAAAAGGAACCACUUAAUGGUGUCUAA